CCGCCGUCAGCACUGCGCCUCUUCCGGCUAAAAGGUUGUCCCAUUUAGCCUCACCUUCGCCCCUUCCUAGGAAAUCCAUCCGAUCCAGCAGCAGCACCACAUCCGUCCAGAAACAACGGAGCAAGCCGAAAGUAUUACAAUUUCGAGACGGAUCGGCACAGCGAAUGCGAAGAAGAGGACGACGAGCCGCUGGAAGCGACGGCCAGCACCAUCACCCAACCUGCUGACAAGAUUGACGAUCCUCCACUAACAACAACAACCAUCAACAUCGCAACAGAUGAACAAGAACCGGCGGAAUAAUCUGAUCAAGGGGCGACUGGCGGAUCGGAUUCUGCGGAUUAUAAGCGGCCGAUGGAUCAACUUGAUCCAGCAGUGACCGAGACUGAGCCGAAAGUCGAUUACAAGAAACUGGUGGACCUGCUGGACGGGAGCGACGUCGUGACCAACGCCGACGCUUUCGACUGCCCCGUCUGUUUGAUGAUCAUUCCGGUGGGAGUGGGCGUCACCCUCAGGGAAUGUCUCCACAACUUCUGCCGGGAUUGUUUGGCUCACGUGAUUGAAUUCAGCGACUAAGCGACCGUGACCUGCCCGUACCGCGACGACCAUUACGCCUGCGACGCCAUCCUCCAGGAACUCGAAAUCAAAAAUUUGGUGGGCGCCAAAUUGUACGAGAAACAUUUGGAGCGUUCGAUGCGGCUGGCCGAAAAGGCGAUGGCCAACACGUUCCACUGCCAGACGGCCGACUGCCCCGGCUGGGCCGUCGUCGAGGCCGACAAUGUCAACGUCUGCCGCUGCCCAGUCUGUCGCCAGAGCAACUGCCUCACCUGCCAGGCCAUUCACGAGGGCGCCAACUGCAAGGAAUUUCAGGAUCGAGUCAACCAAAGGGCCGAGACGGACGACGACGCCAGACGGACCAAAGAAAUGAUUGAAGCGCUGGUGGCCAGCGGUGAGGUUCUGUCGUGCCCGCAGUGUCAGGUGGUCCUGAUGAAACGCUGGGGUUGCGACUGUGUCCGCUGUUCCGUCUGCCGGACGGAAAUCUGCUGGGUUACCAAACAAAACCGCUGGGGUCCAAAGGGCAAAGGUGACACGAGCGGGCUGUCGGUGUGGCGUCGACUGCGUCAAAUGUCAUCCCCCCUGCAAUUAUAACCAUUAAAUUGUCAAAAACUCUUGUAUAGUUUGAUUAGCUCAGAAUUAAUUUAUAUAUUUCGCCGAGUCGUGUGCAAUUGAUCGACUGGACUGUGAU